UCCAUUACCAUUUACUCGCCUCCCUCCAAACUCCUCCUCUUCGUUCUCUCGAAGUCCUCCUCUUCGUCUCCAAUUCCGACUUCUUCCGCGCGUCCUCGCAGAAUUCUGAUUACGAACUCCGUCCCGUCGAUGGUCGCCGGCAGUUGGCGCAAACCCUCGACGAACUCGUGAGAAGAUCGCCUCUUCCGCCUCGCCAUGGGUCCGGCACCCGGCGAUCCGUCACAGAAGCGGUUCUCCAGCGUGUUGCCGCCGGCGGCGCUUAUAUUUCUGGUGCUGGUGUUCGUCGCCGGCACGAUCGUCACGGUCGAUCACAAGGAGAAUCUGUCGAUACUGCAGCUGCAGCCAAGGAGAGUGGCCACUGACGAGGAGUCAUCCAGGCCUGCUCCACCGGCAAGCGAUGUGCACGUAGACGCCACCGUCGCCGAGACGCCUCCGGCGGAAGAACCCGGUGACAUGUGCGAGAACCAGUGCAGGGCUCCAGGCAGCGAGGCCCUGCCGAGGGGCAUCGUGCAGGACAAGUCCAACUUCGAGUUCGAGUCCCUGGGCGGUAACCCUGAGCGGAGGGUGGCCCGGACGGCGAAGAGCCUCCUGGCGAUCCCCGUCGGUGUCAAGCAGAAGGCCGUCGUCGACAAGCUCGUCUCCAAGUUCCCGGCGGCCAACUUCACGGUGAUGCUGUUCCACUACGACGGCGCGGUGGACGGGUGGAGCGACCUGCCGUGGUCGCGGCGCGCGGUGCACGUGGCGGCGGCGGACCAGACCAAGUGGUGGUUCGGCAAGCGGUUCCUGCACCCGGACCUCGUCGCCGAGUAUGACUACAUCUUCCUCUGGGACGAGGACAUUGAGGUGGAUGGCUUCGAUCCCCUCAGGUACAUUGGGAUCGUUCGAAAAGAAGGGCUGGAGAUCUCGCAGCCGGCGCUGGACCACCGGUCGCAGAUCCACCACAGGCUCACGGCCCGCGCGCGGCGGGGCGGGGCGGUGCACCGGCGGUUCUACAAGACGGCGGGGGGCGGGCGGUGCUACGGCAACAGCACGGGGCCGCCGUGCACGGGGUGGGUGGAGAUGAUGGUGCCGGUGUUCUCGCGCGCGGCGUGGCGGUGCGCGUGGCGGAUGAUCCAGAACGACCUCGUCUUCGCGUGGGGGCUCGACUUCAAGCUCGGGUACUGCGCACAGGGCGACCGGAGCAUGAACGUCGGGAUCGUCGACAGCGAGUACGUGCUCCACCGCGGCAUCCCCACGCUCGGCGACGUUGGCAAGACGGCGAGAGCGUCCUCGGCGUCGACGGCCGCGGACAGGUACGCGGUGCGUCUGCGGUCGUACACGGAGCUGCAGAUAUUCAACAGGAGGUGGAAGAAGGCGGUGGCGGAGGACGAGUGUUGGACCGACCCUUAUCCACAGCCGCCGACGCCGGCGUCCAAGGGAUGACAUACGGUGGUCAGCCGGCUCGUUGCCAGCGAUGGCAAUUGCAUCUGUCUUAGAUGAAAUAGAUACAUCAAAAUUUACAGGUCUAGCUAGAGAGCUUGAGAUAUAAUGUCAUGUGUAUAGAUCACCUUUCCCACCCUCUCUUUCUCCCCGGGAAAUAAGCUUGAAUCAA